AUGUCAACAAAUGAGUUGAUAAACAAGUUAAAGGCCCAGCAGGAUGCUUUGCCAUCAAUAAAAGAGCUCAAGGUCGGAACUGAAUCGUUUGAGCCUAUCUUCUCAAUCGCAAGUACAAUUCUAAAAACAAAAUCCCUUAUCGAUGAAGGUACUGAUCCCAUUUUCACUGAAUUACUGUUGCCCCAUCUAGCAACAACCUUUGGGCCACCACUUAUUGCUAACGCAAUCUAUCCCCGAUUCAAAUUUUCACAACGCGAUCUGGUCGUCUACCUUAUUGGCUUUAUUCUGUCGCUGUUUGUUCACUCAAAUAGCUUCCUAAUGUUUUUUAUCAAAGAAGUACCAUAUGUUUCCAGGUUUUUCUCUCUUGUAAAAAUGAAGAACUCAACAGAAGACACUUUUCUGAUGUUCUGUUGGGUUAUCACCUGUGACAUUGCGGGACAGUUUAUAUCGAAAUUGACUUUCAAGAAAAAAUUCAAGGUCAAGACACUAGAUCUCCUGAAAAUGGUAGUUGUUUACGGCGGAGUGCUUGCUCUUAGACAGUACAGGAUGCCUGACUAUUACGUUAUUGUUGUGGCUAAUAUUGUGCCUUUGAGCAUAAAAGCAGUUGAAUAUUUAAAGAAAGUACCAGCGAUGAAGAUAAAACACACAGAAUGUAUUAAGGAAGAAGACAAGAAAGCUCCAAUUAGGAAGGCACCCAAGAGGAAAGCAAGUCUUUCUGCAAAACUUGAAAAAAGUAAAUGA